AUGGUCGACGCGGGGAACAGCCAGACGCAGAGAUCAAAGUCUCUCCAGACGACCAAGACACCUGAGCCACGAUUAGACCAGCAACUCACCAGCGGCCAGGACAACGGCAGCAACACCCCCAGCACCCCGGGUGUCUUUCCUGCUUUCGACUGGGAAGAUUUCGAAGCCCGAUAUGAGAAGGCUCUCGCCGAUGCCGACGACAAAGAGCGUGAGCUUUUGCUUGAAUUCGACAGUCUCGUGAAGUACUUCAACGUCUGGGCCUCCACUUCCAGUGCCCACGACAACGAGCGUGCAGUCAAGCGCCUUCACACGAGACAGAGAUAUGUCAACCUGGCGGAACAGAACAUGGCUCACAAGCAGGAGCACAUGACAGAGGUCCUCCGGGCAUUCCAGAGUGCCCUCGCCCUCCUGAGCAGGUCUUAA